GCAGUUAAGAGUGGCAAUCUAACAUUAUGGAGCUAACAAAAUUGCAACCAUUCAUCCAUAGCCACCAAAUAAGACAUUUCUCAUCACUGAAGCAGAUCGCCACCCAUACUCGCCAUGUGCUCAUUCUUCCUGCUUUUUAGAACUGCAUUUCCCAGGGUUCACCUCUUCUGCUUUCUGUCAUUUGAUCAGCUGACUUGACAUGUGAGCUGGUCUUUAUUUCCUGCCCUGAAUAAAUGGAAAUUAUCCAAGUUCCAUUUGUUGUCAGGUGAUUUAUCGUUUUUGGGGGCAAAAACUGAUUCAGAGAUAUGGUUAAGUGUCCAAGAAGAUCAGCUGGGCCUGAAGGUUUCUUCUUUAUGGGGAAUGUACUCUUAUUCUGAGUGUGAAAGGUAGAGUGAAUCUUGUAUGAUCAUUCAUUGAUUAGUGUGUUUUCCCUGCUACUGUUGUUGUAUAAACAUAAAAAGAGAAGGAAGUUUUAAAGCCAGACGCGCCUGCAUUUCAGUUUGAUAGCCUCCGGGGAAAACAAAUAAACAAACAAAAAUGAAUUCUGAAACAAAAAAGCAACUGAACAUUAUUGUUCUAGGGACAGCCUUUAUGUUUAUGUUCACUGCCUUCCAGACUUGUGGAAAUGUUGCGCAAACUGUUAUCACAAAUUUAAACAACACCGAUUUCCAUGGUAGUGGCUACACAAGUAUGGCUGUUAUUUAUGGGGUGUUUUCAGCAUCAAAUUUGAUUUCGCCUUCAGUGGUUGCUAUCCUUGGUCCACAAUUAUCCAUGUUCAUUGGUGGCAUCUUUUAUAGCAUAUAUAUUGCCGUUUUUAUCCAGCCUUCUACAUGGACAUUCUACACAGCCUCGGUUUUCCUUGGAAUAGCAGCUGCUGUAUUGUGGACUGCUCAGGGAAACUGCCUGACAAUAAACUCCAAUGAAAACACAAUUGGCAGGAACAGUGGAAUAUUCUGGGCAUUACUGCAAUCCAGCUUGUUUUUUGGCAACCUCUAUAUAUACUUUGCCUGGCGAGGGAAAUCACAUAUAACAGAAAGAGACCGUAGGACUGUCUUCAUUGCUUUGACAGUGAUCAGUCUUGUGGGCACCGUUCUGUUUUUUCUAAUUCGGACCCCAGAAGAAUCAAAUUCAGACGAAGAAGAAUCCAGUACUGAUAACCUUGUGGAACGCACGUCUGGCCAGAGCAGAAUGACAAAGGCCGUAGAUGCAUUUAAAAGAUCUAUCAAGCUGUGUGCCACAAAGGAGAUUCUGCUUCUCAGCAUAACAACAGCCUAUACAGGUCUGGAAUUAACAUUCUUCUCUGGAGUAUACGGAACCUGCAUAGGUGCUGUAAAUAAAUUUGGUAAUGAAGAAAAAAGCCUCAUUGGACUCUCUGGUAUUUUUAUUGGUGUUGGAGAAAUAUUAGGAGGAGGACUCUUUGGUCUCUUGAGCAAGAGCAACAGAUUUGGUAGGAACCCAGUAGUGAUGUUGGGCAUUGUGGUUCAUUUCAUAGCCUUCUAUCUGAUUUUCUACAACAUCCCAAAUGAUGCCCCCAUUGCAUCCAUGAAUGGGACUGACAGUAUAGCAUACAUGGAACCAAGCAAAGAAGUUGCUGUUUUUUGCAGCUUUCUACUGGGCUUAGGUGAUAGCUGUUUCAAUACUCAGCUCCUCAGUAUUUUGGGAUUCUUGUACUCGGAAGACAGUGCACCUGCCUUUGCAAUCUUUAAAUUUAUCCAGUCCGUUUGUGCAGCCAUCGCCUUCUUCUACAGUAACUAUUUGUUCCUUCAGUGGCAGCUACUGAUUAUGGCGGUGGUUGGAUUCUUUGGGACAAUUUCAUUCUUCACUGUGGAGUGGGAAGCCCCUGCGUUUGUUGCCAGAGGUUUAGAUUACAGCAGCAUUUGAUGGACGCAUUUUAAUUUAUUCACGUACACCUAUCCUCCUGCACACACUUAUGGUUCUUCAAAAGACUUGAUGGCAUUUUUACUUAUGGAACAUAAAAAACUGAACACCAAA